CAUCUCUCGAUAUUACUGUCCUCAGUCCCCAACAGCACUCAUAUGCUUCCCAUCAUCGUAACCCAAUAGAAGAUCCGGCGGGGACAUUCAUCACAAAUACCGCAAUCAUGGACAUAACGGCGUACCGUGCCUCUCAAAUCUCGCUUCUCUAACCCGCGCCAUUUCCCUUCACCACUGUAUGAACACAAUUUCUCGAAAAUGAAGAAGGAACGGAGUAAAGUGAGGGCCAUCAACGCCGCAAAGAUGACCGUCACGAUGCCGCUACAAGGGCACAAAUUUGACCAGGCAAUGAUCGCUGCUCAUGAGAUGCAAGCACUCUCUUUAGACAACUUGGAUCCAGUCUCUCCUUCGUCACUGGAACCCGAUGUCAGCUCCGGAGCGACCACAACCAUGGCAACGCCUGUCGGCAGCGAUUCUGAAACAGCUUCCGACACCAGACCGCAAGACCUCCUGCUUGAACUCGUUUCCACUCCAGAUCGCGGCCUGGCACUGUUCACCACCCGGAAGAUCAAAGCCGGAACCCUAAUCUUGGCCGAGCAGCCACUCAUCAGCCUCGACAAGGACGAAGAGGACGACCCGGAUGCCAUUGAGCGUGAAUUCUCCCGCUUGCCUCGCUCCGAGCAGAAAGCUUACCUCAAGCUGUUUGACGCACAAAAAUCCCGCAUGUCUCGCGUCGUCUCGAUAUACUACAGCAACUGCUACAACUGCGACGGCUUCAAGGCUGAUGGACAAGGUGGAUCAGCCAUUGGCGGCUUCGCGAGCAGGAUCAAUCAUAGCUGCGUGCCGAAUGUGCAGUUCUGCUACAAUGAAGGCACCAAUCAGUUGGAGUUUCGCGCCAUCAGGGACAUUCCACGAGGAAAGGAGGUCUGUAGUAACUAUGACAAAGCCGCUUUCGAGACCAAGGCCAAAAGGCAGCGGAAGCAACAGAUCUACUACGGUUUCGUGUGCAAGUGCGAGGCUUGUGAGCCGAAGAAUGAGUUCUGGGCGAAAAGUGACGAGAGGAGGAAAGGUAUGUAUGAGGCUGUCAAGGUCCUGCAGGGCUGUGACAAGAAGUUCGCAGAGGGCGAUGGUCCCGAGGUUGAAGUUCGGCAAGAUGCUGUUGUGAAUGGAGCGCUGGGUGCACUGGCUAGACUGGAGGAGCUCCUGCUCAAGGAAUGUCACGUCGGGAUCCCUCUGGCGAACACAUAUCGAAGCAUGGCGAAGUGGGCUGAGUGGAAGCGUGACAUUAAGCAUGCGGCGAAGUGGAAGAGGAAGGAACUCGAGGUUUGUAUGAUUGGCUUCGGACCAUCGGCCAGAAGAGUCAAGGAGAUUGAGGAGAAACUGGCUGAACUGGAAAAAGUCGGUGGCCGCGGGAGUUCUCACUAUCCUGUAUCACCAUCCUCACCAUCAUAGAGCGAGAACAGCUCAUCAGGAGCAAUCCCUCAUCAUCAAGGCUGCGCUGAGCUUGUG